GAGAUAAAAAAAAAGGGCAUGAGAUGGAAAAGGAAGAGAAAAUUAGGGGAAGCGACGCUAUAAGCAGCCGACUCGGAGUUAUAAGCUCUCAUUUGAUCACUCAAGUCCCCGUCACUAUGGCCGAGAAGGAGGCUGCUCUUGCUGCCGUACCCUCUGAUUCUGCCACCAUAUUUGACAAGAUCAUCAACAAGGAAAUACCGGCUACUGUGGUAUUUGAGGACGAUAAGGUCCUUGCAUUUAGGGACAUUAGUCCCCAGGCUCCAACACACAUUUUGAUCAUUCCCAAAGUUAGAGAUGGCUUAACUGGAUUAUCGAAGGCUGAAGAGAGACACUGUGAGAUUCUUGGUCAGCUUCUCUACACUGCCAAGCUUGUUGCUAAACAGGAAGGCCUGGAGGAUGGGUUCAGGAUUGUGAUCAAUGAUGGGCCAAAAGGAUGUCAAUCGGUCUAUCACAUUCAUGUCCACCUCAUUGGAGGAAGGCAAAUGAACUGGCCCCCAGGCUAAUAUGAGGGCAAACAAGGUCUAGUAUGAGAAUCUCUAUCAAACUAAUACUUGGUUUGUAAGUUGUAGCUUCUUAUAUCAUUGGAGAUCUAAACCUAGAAUUUCUUUAAAUUAUAAGUGCGACAUGAUAAAUUGGCUUGCCAUUGAUGGCAUUGGUUAUACAUUUAAGGCUUUGUG